UUGUUAUUUGGCACCACCCCCCUCCUCUUCUCCGGCCCAGACAGAAUUUUCACCCCUCACACCCCGCUUGCAAUUUGAUUUGUCUGCCUCCUUGAGCCGCUGGCCUCGCCGCCCCACUUGGGACAUGGUCGCUCGCGUGUCCGGAAUCGUUCCCGUUGACCUGUGCUCCAGCACCGGGCUGCUCUGCUCCUCCUGCGGAUUCCUGCUCAUCCAGCCCAGACAGAGCCAGUGUGGACACAGAUACUGCACCGCCUGCCUGGACCACCUCUUCCAGACCUCCGAUGAGGCAGUUUGCUGCAUUUGUCAAGAAAGGUUUAAUCGUUCGCAGGUAUAUGCGGACCGAGCGGCUGAGAAUGAUGCCUUUGCCACAGUGGUUGAGUGUUCAGAGCGGAAGGCUGGCUGUGACUGGAAGGGUUCCCUCCGCAGCUACCUGAACUGCCACCGUGCUCAGUGUGACGUCCAGGUGGAGCCUUGCGUCAACGCCCUGAUUGGCUGCAGAGCUGUCGGACCCAGGAAGGAAAUAAGGAGUCAUGAGGCGGAGGAGUGUGAGUGGAGGAUGCAGAACUGCCCUUACUGUGACACUCCGUGUGCCUGCACUCUGAUCAAGGAACACGUUGUCCUGUGCUCUCAAUGCAAAGAGGAAUGCUCCUUGUGUGGCAGGAAAGGACUGAGUAAGGACGAGCUAAUCAACCACUCUGAUGUUGAACUAGGAGAUUGUCCUCGAGUGAAGGUGCCUUGUCCAUUUGAGAGGGCUGGUUGUCAAGAAAAGCCGGAGCGAGGAGUUCUCGGUGAGCACUUGCAAGAUGCCCAGCAGCAGCAUAUGACGCAGUUGCUCUCCCUCAUUCUCAGCCUGCAGACGAAGAUGUCCAGUGCCGAGGAUGUAAACUCGUGCUUCAAGCAACUUGUGAUGAGCAAAGUCUUGGCCCUGACGGCCCUGCUGGGUCGGCCAGUGAGGCCAGGAGUGACGGAUGAAGCUUUGCUAGUGGGCAUCGACUCCGGAGGCCAGGACUCUGGCCUUUCCAAGUUGACCAGGAAGACGGAGAUUUUGGAGAAGGCACUGUGCGUCCUCAACAGGGAGCUGAACAAGUACGAAAGCAUCAUCGAACUUCUGCAGCAGAGGUGCCUACAGAACGAGCAGGUGAUCCAGGACCUCCAGAGGAAGGGCAAAGCUUCAGAGGGCACGAGCCACCCGUUCGGCUCUCCACUGCCCAUGAGCUGCUAUGGGGUCCUCGUGUGGAAGAUCGACAACUUUUCCUCCCACCUCUUGGCAGCCAAGUCCCAGCAGAGGACCUCCUUCUACUCCUCGUCCUUCUGCACUGAACCGUUUGGCUACAAGCUCUGCUGCAGGAUCUACCCCUAUGGAGAUGGCAGCGGGAAGGGGACGCACAUCUCCCUCUUCCUGGCCAUCGUCAGGGGCGAGUACGAUGACGUGCUCCCCUGGCCCUUCAAGCAGAAGGUCACCUUUGCCCUCCUGGACCAGGAGGAGCAGAACCACCUCAAGGAAUCCUUCCUGCCCGAUGCCCUCAGUGCCUCUUUCCAGAAGCCCAAGACGCACAUGAAUGUUGCCAGCGGAUGCCCCAGGUUUGUGAAGCAGGACCUCCUGCUAAACCCACCAAACCCUUACCUCCAGAACGAUACCAUCUUUCUCAAAGUUGUUGUCGACACCUCGGGUCUUGCGUUGUGAACGAUCAGUUUUGACAGUACCGGACCCUCCGAACGGGUGGUCGUUGUUCCUUCAGGGCCAGUGACUCUAACGUGUGGUACCUGAAAGACCGGUUUCUAUUUGUUUAAACAUAUGUUGUUUUGUUGUCACUUAUUCGUAGAUGUUUCCAAUGGAUAAGGUUGAGCUAUCGUUCCUCUUUGUGGUCAUUGUUGCUUGUGCUGUGAUUUCAGCGUAGGGCAAGGUGAGGAGACGAGCCCCAAGAAAUACCUUAGCUGCCUCAGGGAAUAACCGCUCAUUUUUUGGCGGUAUCCUGAGCCACACUCUAGCCACCCAACCAACUGAGUUAACUGAUCCCUUGAGCCAUCCAUUAAGAAGUUUUAACUGGUGUGGGGGAUUGAGAGGGGCAGAGGGUCAGACCUUACCCCCUCUGGGACUGGGUGGAGCAGUGGGUCAGACCUUACCCCCUCUGGCACUGGGUGGAGCAGUGGGUCAGACCUUACCCCCUCUGGCACUGGGUGGGACAGUGGGUCAGAUGCUGUCCUUUUAACCUUGACCCCCCCCUUCAACUAAUUUCUUGAACGUGAACGUUAGCUCGAUGUUGGCUGGUAACAUACACUGGGCAAUGUAGGUUGCUUGUGGCCUGUUGAGUCACCCUCAACAUGGCCAGAGCCUUGUUUUAUUUAAAUCUGUGAAAACAAUUAUUUUAUAGAAAUAGAAGAAAAAACUAUGCAAAGAGGGAAACAUUAACAUGUUUUCCUGCUUUACGGCCACGUAAUUAAGCACUUUAUAACACAGUCACCCUUCACAACAAAUAGGCAGGGCACCAUUGAACACUUCAGGUAGAUCAGCUUGCUCUAAAAUUGUGACAACCAGAUUAAGAAUGUGAGAGGUACUUAAAACAGAAGAAGCUCUUUGGGCCCAAUGAUCCCAUCCAUUUUUGACAAAUCAGCCCCUUAGUAGAUUUUGGAAAGGGAACAAUGGCCGUUGAUUGAGAAAGAUGGACAUUGGAAGCGAGCCGGAGAGCGGGAUUAGACAUGUAGAGAAAAAUACUGCCAUGGAGCGGAUGGGCCGAAUGGCCUAUUUUGUUUCUGUGACCCUUCAGUGUGAGAGAGGAUUAAUUCUGGUUGUUGGACGGGGCUAUCUUAAAAAAAAAGUUAUUUUUACACAAGGACACACAAGUAAUAGUUCACAUGGUGCCUCAAUAAGAUCAUGGCUGAUUUCCUACAUCAGUUCCACUUUCCCCACACUGCUCCGAUAUUGCUCAAUUCCCUCAGAGUCCAAAACUUGGUUGAUCCCGGCCUUGAACACACUCGAUGACUGUGAAUCCACAUCUCUCUGGGCUGGAGAAUUCCAAUGAUUGGGAACCCUCUUGAGGAGUGAGGAAAUCUUUCAUGGGCUAUUUGUUUCUGUGGCUGUUAGUGUUUGAACUACCGUAAGUAACCAUGGCUACUCCGAGUUACAGAUGUUUGUUAAUUUAAUCCCAGCAUGCUUUGCAGGCAUGCUUCCAUGUUGCCAGAUGUAUUUAUUUUAACCUGUUAUUUAUUGGUGUCACUGCAUAAACUUAAAUACGA